CAGCGUAGCCUCCGGAUGGCGAGCGCCUCCGGCCCCGUCGGCGGGUUGCGGAAGAAGGAGAUCGCGGAUGCGGAGAUGGAGCCGCCGGAGGAGGCGGCGGGGCGGCCGGUGGGGCUGAAGAGGUCCAGGAACGCGGCAAUCGGCAACGGCUCUUGCGGUUUUAUUGGAGUGACUACUGCUGAGAAGAAACCAACACUGCAGCCUCAUAACAAUGUCAAAUUUCUGAAGAAAGCUGCCAAUGGCAAUCUUCUACGUCCUGAUAUUGAAGCUACUUCUAAAACAGGAGGUCUUUAUCUGCAUGAUACACAUGGAUCACAGAAACUGCCAGAUUCCAAUGCUUUGAGAUUUAGUAGCUCAUCUCCUGUUGGAGAUCUGAGGAGCAAAACCAAAACCCCUAUAUGUACCUUUUACGCUCAAGGCCAUUGCAAGAGAGGAAAGAAGUGCGCUUUUCGUCAUGAAAGAGAGGGUCCUGGUUUUGGUAACCUGCGGAGUGAAGAAGAAAAGGCUGGUUCACUUGCACCAGUUGGUACUGGAAAACAUAGAGGGUCUGAAGAAGGAUCUGAAGCACAAGGUUCAUCCAAUUUGAAAGAUCCACACUUCGAGAACUUUGCUGCUUCGUCGAAACAUGGGCUAUAUAGGACCCUCAUUCAUUCUUAUGGCGAAGAUCAUAGGGUGGUGGCACAUAACUCGCCGACUCCUAAGGUUUCAGAAGAGAGGUCUUGCAGAACUGAUGAUUUAUGGACUGCAAAGCCUACCCCUCCUGUAAAUGAGCUGGUGCAGAUCCCAAUAGUUCAAGAGAAGAAUCAUGAACCUUACUUCAUGGGACGCCAUGCUAGUUUGCCUUCUGAUAGCUACUUCGAUUGUAGGGGAACCUUACCCAGAUUGCAUUUAGAUGGAGGAAAGCUGCUGUCAGAUGCUGCCAAAGCAAGCAGCCUAAGUGAUUCUCAUAUAUCAGGAACUUACCUUGAAGUGCACCCGGUACAUCCUGAUUAUCGGUAUCGACAGUCUGACUAUCUCCAAAGGUCAAGCCUUGCCUCAUACAGUUCAAAUGGUAUAACAGGGUUCAGAAAUCCGGUCCACAAUAGCUCUGAUUAUUCCCUGGGUAGUCAACCUUUCCGAGCAACUGCUCACCUAGGAAUGCCAUCCCUCCAUCAGUUAACACCUGGUAUCGAGAAGGUUGGUCUCCAUAAAGAUGUUAUAUUUGACAAGGGCUGUGGUACAUCUAGGCCUGCUUUACUUGGAAGCAGUUCACCUCAACCUGGGCAACUUUCCCCAAUCAAGGACGAGCCUUGGAUAACUUCAGUGCCUUUUGUACCUCUUGUUGAUUUUCCUGGCAGCACAUCACCUUCAUAUAGUCAAUAUGACCCGCUUGUUGACAGUAUGGAUCUUUCCAAAGUUAAAGGUAUUAAUAUUCUCAAGUCCUCGAACAUAUCUUGCAGCACUUCAAGUCAGCACACUACUGGGAAUGUUGUUAUAGAUGGAGAUACCAACAAGCCAAUGAAUUACGAUGACAAGUUGGCAAGGAACAUGUCAGCCAAAGGGUCAAAUGAGUUUGCAGGCCUUGUUGCACCUGAUAGGGAACGCUCUGGUCUGGAUGGUGAUACUAUGGUGAAAGCUUCUGAAAGAGAAGAUGCAGCAAUUACUGAGAAAACAAGAGAUUUUCGUUUUCAUUUGGCAGAACAUGUGAAGGAGUUGCUGAAACCAUUUUGGAAAGAAGGCAAUCUGAACAAAGAUGCUCAUAAACUGAUAGUGAAAAAAUCCGUCGAUAAAGUUCUUGCUUCAGUUGAGCUGCAUCAAGUACCAGCUACUAAAGAAUUGAUAACUGAUUAUAUAACCAUGGCUGGAACAAAGAUUGAAAAACUUGUGAAGGCAUAUGUUGAUAAGCAUCGUAUGAAAUGAGAUCCAAAUUAUGAGCUACACCACCAUAGACAUGGGGUUUCAGCCAGAUGCCUUUCCAAUGUGAUCAAUCUACAGUGCAAUGUUGUUAGACCCGAUCAGUUUUUGUGGGCAUAGUAGAUAUUUCCUAGUAAGAUGAAAUAAUGUCUGCUGCAGCAGAUCUAGAAUCUUAACUCGCAUGUGCGCCACCUGAAGUGAAGUGGACUCAGGGAAGCCUUAAUUUUUGCUUCUUUAAGGAUGCCAGAUACUAAGGUUGUCCUUUGUGCCUGUUGCUUUCCUCAUUUUAUCAUCACUGAUGAAAUCAAUGAGAGCUAGCAUAACAUGAAUGCAGUAGUGUCACACCGCAGAAACAAACACAGAGCUCAUCCGCAUUUUCUGAUUAUUGGUGACCUAUGUUGCCAUUAUUAAUUCCUUUCCCAUUCUGCUGAAAAGGAUCUUAAAAUGGCUACAGACUACAGAUGCGCAUUUCACGGUUCUUCUGACAAAUUUCUACGGACCAAGUAACACGUUUGCUACUGCUCGCUGCUCCUUCCAGGACUUGUGUGGUCAAAUUGUUCAUUAUCUCUAAAGCUAUCCGGAAUCAGGACGUGCUCUUUCAUUCUGCAGAGUUUCUUUUUUAGUUAUGUUUCUUGGAGUUGGACGGUGCUGCUAGUCGAGAUGAUAUUUGAAAAAGAAACAUUCGGAUUCAAAGAUGUCUCGCUGUCUUGCUUCAUUUAUUCGUAUGCAUGUCACACGAUCCAGGGGCACUGAACACCAAAGCUGUUUAUUGUGAAACUUGAGUGGAUGCUGCACUUGCAAUCUAUGACCAGGCGAAGCCCCGUUCGUUCUUUCUUUCAGAUCGGCACUGUGCACAUUAUGCUAAAACUGCUAACUGUAGUGCACAGAUCAAGCCCAAGCUCGUUUUGUUCUCUUAGUUGGCGUUGGUGCUGUGAAGCAUCAUCUGCUAUAACAGAUCUCGGUGGUGACAAUGUAUGCUGUUUUCAAGUCUGAGAGAUUGCUUCAGCUGUGAUCCUACUCCUAGUUAGCAGAUGUAAAUUAUUCGCUGCUCCCUCCAGCCCAAAUUAUUUGGCGUGGCUAUAAUAUACUAUGUUCAGUAUAAAUGUACUGUUAUGUCGUGUCAAUUAAUAUCGGCUAGAGGGUGUACAUGUUUAUUGUUCAAUUGAAACGACCCCAGUCCAUUUAGCUA